UCCUCCCCAGCCACAGCCAGUAGAUUUGUUAGAGAUCAGUAUUACGGCAAGUGGGGGAUUUACAGCAGCAAGUGUGCAGCAUCACUGGGCAUACAGGGAAAGUCAGAGAGAAACAGGACAGGCUGACCACACAGUGAGGAGGAAGCAAUAGGACAAGCAGACUGUAUUCUGCAAGGUGCUGCGCGUCCCCGGGACAGUCGCUGCACUGAUAACCGGCGUCCCCUAUAUAGGAUAAGAGAAGCAGUCUCCGUCUGACCACAGCAGCCGUAGCCGGACACAUCAUGAUCGUACUGCGCCUAUUGUUGGGAGUGCUCUGUGCUGCUGUGGGACAUGAUGCUUCUACUACACAAAUGACGACCCCUACUGCUACUAUUGCUUCUACUCAAAUGCUUGCUACUUCCCCACCUGCUACUACUAAACCAGCUACGAAUCCUUCUACUAUUACAACUGUGGCUCCUACAAGCAAAGGCACCACCCUAAAUCCCAAGCCCUCUACUGGAACUGUUCCCUCAAGUGGAAGCUCCUCAAAAGUGGAAGUUACAAGCCCUGGAGUAACCACAUCUACACCACAAAACCAGACACCAACAGCAACACCAAGAAAGACAGACACCUCUGGAGCCAUGUCAACAACAAAUCCCCCAAAUGUUAUCAAGGAAACUACAACAAGUGGAACGGCCCCUGAGAACUCUACUACUAAACCAGCAGAAAGUGCAUCUGGUAUAGGCAUCACACGCAGUACAGUAGCACCAUCACAGCCACAUCAUAGUGCUCCAACUACAACAUCUCUUCAGGCUGCAAGGACACAGCAAAGUAACGUAACAGAUGCUGGAAACAGCACAGGCAUAACUACAGGCAGAGCUACACCAAGUGCUGUGAUCCCGGUUUCUAUCGCUUCAGUCAAGACUUUAACAGUUGCUGCUACCACUAAAUGGACCCCUCCAGAAACUUCAACCGAGACUACAUCACUUGAUUUGGAUAUAAAACACACUUAUAAAGAGAACAUUACGGUUAAAUGCCAAAAGAAAAAUGGUGAAUUAUUUGUGAAGAUUCAUAUGAAGUCCUCAAGAAUUUGUACAAAUAACUUUAAUAAGCCUGAAAAGGAGAAAGAGGAUGAAAAGAACACAUUCAUGUAUCUAUGCAAAGCUCUGAAGCCAGGAUACCAGCCAAACAAGGACAAAUGUGAAAUAGUUUUGGGCUAUGAGCCUGCUGAUCAUCUAGUGAUAUUAGAUGCCAUUGUGGAAAAUCGCCUGGAUCCAAAAGAAUUAUAUGAACAAGUAAAAAGUAUUAAAAAAAAGGAUAACUACCCAUUGUUUUCAUACGAGAACUCAAACAGCUUAGACGAAGACGUGGUGAGCAUUCCCCUGAUAAGCGCCAUUGUCAGCCUAGCUGUGGUUCUGCUGAUCAUUGCUGCUAUUUAUGGGUGUUGGCACCAGAGGCAAACCUGGAAGAGAGAGCAGAGACUUACUGAAGAGCUUCAGACCAUGGAAAAUGGUUAUCAUGAUAACCCAACCUUGGAAGUAAUGGAAACCUCUCCAGAGAUGCAGGAGAAAAAGGGAGGUCCAAAUGGAGAGCUUGGGGACAGCUGGAUUGUUCCACUUGACAACCUAACAAGAGAAGAUCUAGAUGAAGAGGACACCCAUUUGUAAAGCAAGCAAAGAGAAUAUGGUGGACUGGAAAUCCCAGCAGUACAAAGUGCAUUAAAUGGCUGGUCAACAAAAACAGCCAAAUUUAAGCCAACAUAUUCAUCGGAGUGCCAGACCUGAAAAGACAAGGUGCUUCCUACCUCCAGCUAUGUCCCAUACAUAACCAAAGUUCUCUUGAGAAGCAACCAUAUUAAUUUAAACUUAAUUGUAUAUACAACAAAUUUGAUACUUACAUAUUGUGCUGUCAUGGCCAUUGGAAACAAAGGGUAUUUAUGUCCCUGCAUCAAGAGGAGAGCUAUCCAUGCACUGCUGAUAGAAUUAUAGAGCAGUUUUGAAACUUUGAUAGGUAAUGAGAAUUAUGUGCUCUAAGUCUGGGUUUUGCAAUAAAGAACUGAAAGUGUUAAGCAAAAUUUUCGAAUGAUUAAGAUUUUGUAAUGGGAUCUAAAAAUAGUACAUACUGUACAACCAUGUACUAACAUGAAAGUACUGUAUUAAAAAUGCCAUGAACUACAAAAACAACUAAUGCGGCAGACAAAAUUGUUUAAGCAGAUAAGUGGUUGAACAGAUGUUCUCAUUGAAUUGGUAAGGUGCUCUUGAAUUCUACUUUAGUUCCAUGUUUCUUAGGAAGAUAUUCAGUUAAUUUUCAAAAAUGAUUACAUUAAACCCCAAUUUUAAAAUACUGCUGUAAAUUAUCUAUUUUUCACUUGGGUCUACUGUACUUUAAAUUUUUUUUUUCUAAAAGGGAAGGGAACAAACAUUGUAUAACAGUUUGCCCACUUUCUCUAGUAAUAAAGAAUUUCAUAUUCAAUAUACACACAUUUGCUAUUUAUAAAAACUAUUUGCUUGGUGCAAUAUUAUAGUCUAAGUAUAACAAAUUUGGUAUAUUACAAAAAAAACUGCAAACAUCAUCUUUAAUAUUAUCAAUAGGUCAAUAAGUUAUCAAGCAAUUAAAAUACCCUCUGUGAAAUUAUACUUAGAUAUGUCCUUUUGUGUUAGGAAUAGUACAUUGAAGCUACCCAUUCUGUGUCUAAUGCCAUUUCCUCUCACCAAAAUCUAAAUAAUGUAUGCAAAUAACCUGCAUAAACAAUUUUUAUCCCCUUUUACAACACUAAGGAAGGUAUCUAAUUAGCUAUGCUACUUAUUUGGCUGACAAAAAUAGGCCAUUAUAGCAAUGUUAGCCCGCUGGUUAUUAACAAACUAUCCAAUUAUCCAUUUUUUGGGCUGAAUAAUUACCCAUUUUUGGGUUAUAACACAUGGGACCAGGGAUAAAUUCCCAAUCCCAUGUGGUAUCAUGGCUCUGAGGGCUGGAUAUCGGGGAUUAUGGCUCGCAAAGCAUAAUCCCUGAUAAGUGCUGGGUAUCGGGGAUAAUUGGAUAGCCCCCAGCGAAUCAAUCAGCUGCAGUAAAUUCCUGCAGCUAAUUGGAUACCACCCUAAUGCUCUGAAUGUUUGUCGUGAAAAUCAACACUGCACAAGAUACUUCCAGGCUUUACCUUUACACAAACGGAAUUAACAUGCUUAAAAAGGUUAUUUGCAUAUGGACAAAUCAAUAAAAAAAAAAAUUUAAAAAAAUUAGGCAAUUUUCUUUAAUCUCUGAUUUCUACAAAAAUUUCAGCAACUCCAUUGAAAUGUAUCAUCUAAAACACAGAUGCAAAUUGUUACAUGCAACACACAAGGCUGGAUUCAAUUAGCCGCUGUUUAUUGAUCCCCCAGGGCUAUUCAAUUAGAGCCCAUGAUCAGACCAACGGCUGCAGUUAUCGGGGAUUUCUGUUCGAGCAUGAGGAGGCUUGACAGAUAUCUGCCCUGAUCACCGGUGCCGCGAACCUAUUAACACAUAGGUCUUAUUCCGGAUUCCGUCAGUUAAUGUGCGGUAGCAGGUACUUUACUGCACGGGGAAAGGGGACCCUAAUUAAAUAGCCCCAGGCGUUAAAGCCUGAGGCUACCACCCUUUCCCCUCACUUUACUGCAUCUAAUUGAAUAUGGCCCUAAAUGUACUACACAAAUUGCAAUUGUUACCUCAGCCUUAUAUUGAAAGAUAUGUUCUACAAUUAUGUAGUUUUAUAUAUCUAGGUUCUUUCUAGAUAAUUCUAAACUACAGAAAAAAAACAACAUAUUAAAAUAAACAGGCUGUAAUAUAUUCAGGCAAUGGGCAGCAAAAUAAAAGGCAUUAAUCUUAAAAAGCUUUUUAGCUAAAGUCCACUCAUUUCAGGCCUUGCUUGCUUAAACACCUAUAUAAAGUAAUAAAUAAAUGAAAGUUGAACAUAAAACAAGAACAAAAUACCUGCUGUUAAUUUUACUGAUUGGUGAAUGGUUUAAGGCCAUGUGGAUUCCUAGCACGCAUAUAUAUAGCAUCAUUUAGAUAACCAUGUGGUUUAGUUUUCUCAAAACCAAAAUUAAAGGGGUUCUUGGGUAAAAUGAUACUAUUUCCUGAAGUUCCCGUUUAACCAAUAACAUAAAUAUGCAUUUUUUUUUGUGUAUGUGUUUAACCUGUAUUGUACAUAAUUGUGACCACAGGCCUUAAAUAGUAAACAUUUUUAUGAAUCCUCAUAAAACAUUUAUAGCCAGGCUGUCGCGACUAUUUGCGGGUGUGACUCGUUUUAUGCGAGGCCUGAGCACAUCUAUGUGCAUGUACAGUACGAAAAAUUGCAUUUGCGGCCCAUAGACUUUAAAUUGUCUAAUUGCGGGUGAGACUCUCUGCACCCAGGCACAGCAAGGCACUCCCGCUAUGUGUGUGUACAUGCAUAUGCAUCAUUUUGCUGGAUAAAAGCGGCUACACCUGUAACUAGUUUUAAUGCAUCAAAUUAGGUUUAUACAACAGACAAAAGAAAAUGUUCAUGAAAUUCUUUAUACUGUGUAUGUUGUCUGAGAAAUUGUGAAUAAGAAGAUAAGGCUGGAUACACAUUUAAAAGACAAAGCGGCCUACUAAGUGGCCGAUUAGGUAAGUCAUUGGUUCUCAAACUAUGACUCAUGACGCCCUAGAAAAUCAGCAUUUUAUUCAAGGCACCCCUGGGAUAAAAGUUUCUUAUUGAUAUAUUUUGAAAAAAUAUUAAGUAAAUUGUGCCUACCUGUCAUCCUUAGGUUCAGUUAUGUGGUGGUGUACAUUUGUGCUUCUUAUUGUCCAUAUAUUUUAUGAUAGGCCAAAAACAGUGCUAGUGGCUGCCAAUUACUUUGACCAUAAAUAAUUUUGAUGUGGUUCUGGACCACCAACCCGAGGCACUCCCUACAAGAGCCUCGUGGCACGCCAGGGUGCCUAGGCACACAAUUUGGGAACCACUGAGGUAAGAAAUAUAUAUAUACACUUACCAAUCGACUGCUUGAUAUAUCGGGUCACACAUCACAAUUGGACGGGCAUUUAAUUUUGCCUGCCCAGUUGUGAUGUCAGUGUCGGCAGGGUGGCUGUACACACAUGCAGAUGCACCUAUAUAGGCAUCGGCAGUGCGGGUGUUAGGACUGGAGUAGGCACAACUAGCUUUUUCCUGCCCUGCAACCAAUGCAGUGCUCACAAGAACAAGAUGGCAAAUGUAUUUAAAUUAAAAGGGAUGAUUAUUACAAGCGUGGAUGUGCUUAUUAUUGUACAUGAGAGUUCAAUCAGAGUAAGAAUUAAGGUCAGAAUGUCUUGUGUUUGGGCCAUAGCAAAAGGUUAAUGCUGGAUACAAAGUAUCAAAUUAUCCAAUCUUUGUGGUUGGAAGGAAAAUCUGGUAAUGUAUAGGAGCAGAAGGAAAUUGAUUAUUUGCUCCCAAACACUGGAAAACAGACAAAAAUGCACAGAAAAAUUGGUUAAAUUAAUUUGAUUUAAUCAAUUUAUCCAAACAACUAUUUUUGUCCGUUUUUCCAGCUUUUGGGAACAAAUGGUUGUCAUUUGCUCCCAUACAUUACCAGAUUUUCGCUCCAUCCAGAAAGAUUUGGACAGAUAAUCUUAUAGUGGGUAUCCAGCUUUAGAAUUGCACUACAGAGAGAAAAAUAAAAGUGAAGUAGCACCCGUAUCAUUCCACUUGGGACUGCAACUAAAAAAUUUUAUGAUAUAAUAAGCUUAAAUGCAACACUGGUUAAUUGUAUUUGACAUUUUGUAAAGACUUGCUUAUUGUGCUUAAACCCAUACUGGAAUGUUAAGAAUUGUAUAUUUAACUAAGGCAUAAUGGUGGCUGCUUGACAAUUUCAUUUAAACUCACAGUAAUCCAAAAAUAAACCAUUGAUCUGCUAUUUUGCGCUUUCGCAAGUUAAACACAUGAAAAGUACAUUAAAAAUAAGUCAGGUAAACAGGUAAUUGUGCCAUCACCAAAUCUUAACUUCAUUUUUGUUAAACAUCUCAAAUUAUCAUGAUAAAGAAAUAAUGCUUUGGUUUAAAGUUUUGAUUGUAUUGGUAAAAUCACAUUUGCAUUUAAAAACAACAACUUUUCUCUAAGUUUGCAGCACAUACAGUAUGAGUGAAUGAGCCAAGCAAUAAAUCCAAAAGACAUUGUAAAAUAAAGUAUUAACCCAUGUGGUGUAUUUUUCAAGAAUAUUUUCAAACGGAUGAAUGUUGUAAUAUAGGAACAGGGGUCUGAUACACUGGAACUAAUUAAACUGGAUUGUUACACUAGUUUCUGACAAAAUUAUAUUUUGACAGCUAUGUAAAUUAAUAAACUUCUUAUCUACAGAU